AUGUCUUCAUAUAUAUAUGAAAUUGAUGUUGAUGAUAUAUCAGAACUUAUUAUCAAAGAACUAACCUUAAAUCCAAAAUACCUACCAAAGAUAGAACUUGUUAAGUGCCUUGCUUCAUAUUCAAUACCAAUUCGUUCAUUACUAUCAAGCUCGAAAUUAAAUUUUUUAGACGAACAUUUCUUCGAUACUAUCAUAGUACCGGCUUUACCACGUUCACUUAUAAGAGACAAUAAUCUGGACAAUAUACAAUGUAGGUUUACUUACUCACAGAAAUCUAAAAUAAUUGCACCUUUAACCCACUAUGAUCUGGCUAUUAGAAAAUUUGGUAAUAUUGACCAUGGAAUUAAUAUAUAUGCUGAUCGGUUAUGUCUGAGAAGACUUGUAGACGUUGUAUUUAGUAAACCAGGUUUAGAGUAUCCAGAAAUAUGCAUUAAUACAACUAUACGUGCUAGUGAGGAUGGAGUAGUAUAUAGCGAACCAAUGCGCUUAUUUCCGGUUAACAUGCAACCUGGAUUCCCAAGUGUAGGUUUUCAGUUUGAAACCUUUUUAACACGGAAUAACAUCGACAUUGGAACUAAUGCACCAGGACCUGUCAAGGUCAUCAACUCUAGCUAUCUAAUUGAUAUAAUCUCUAUUGGAGGAGUAAAGAUUCUAUGUAGAUCAGAAUUAGAUGCUGUUAAGGCAUCUAGUAUAACUUAUGGAGUAUACCCAAACGAAAAGAAGAAGAUACAAAAUAGUUUUUCAACCUGCAGAAAUUGGUUUCAGGAAGUAUAUAAGAGUCCCAUUGAAUAUAUUGAUAGAAGGCUUGAUGUACCCUGUAGAGUGAUUUAUUCAGAUAACUUGAAACCAGGGAUUAUUGAAUCAGAUAGUCGCGUUGAACUCAAAACAAUAUCUUAUAGAAAUGUUGGGAAAUUUCCAUGGACAUCAACAUAUUUCCAGAUGCUCCUUGGAACUACAUCUACUCUUAUUAAAGGAAACCAUACACAUGGUUCUUUCAAUAAAGGAUCCAUACAAUCAUAUAACUUAAAUGAAGUUAGAGAUUUCUCUAUUAAAGAAGUUCAUGAAAAUGCAGCAAUAGAUAUUCCAAAAGUAAAUUGGGAUAAAAUUACAGUAGGAAUUGCCUUCUUAGAAGCUUCUCUUAAGUAUAUCCGUGAUAUUUUAAUACCUGAAAUUGCCUCAACUAUACACUCAGUAAACGAUGUAUACGGACAAAACAUCAAUAUUUCAAUAACAAGAGGCUAUAGAAAAAUAAUAUUUAGGCUAUUGAACGAGUUAGAUCCUCUCCCUAAAAUGCUAGGUCCUACGGAAGACUGGCGAAAGUAUGUAGAUAUGUAG